GCUUGUCACUCUUCGAUGCGCUUCUGUUCCGGCCCGCAUAGGUUGCGUCCUUUUGUGAGGUCGAGGUCCUUCGAGACAUUCAGGUUAUCUCUUGGUGUUUACCGCCUCCCAUUGAAGCAGCACUGCCUGGACAACUGCUCUCUCUCGGUCAUUGCUUACUUCCUCAGACUGGUAUGGCAUGAGAUCGUGGAGCGCGCAGGACAAGGGUCGAGCACAUUAUCAUUUUCUUUGCAUUUAUCUCCUGAUAAUCUCGACCACAACCGACUACCGAUGCAUUCAGCAAUUUACAUAUCGUAAUUACUCCUGAAAAUAUGACUCUUAUGCUUGCCGAUAUCUCGACAGAGUGUCUGACCCCUUCAAUCCCGAAUCCUUCAACUCCUUCGGCUAUCAUGUCCCUUAUUAACGAUAACGACGAACCUGUAGAUCUACGAAAAUCGUCAAUCUGUCAAUCUGGCCAUAGGCACUAUCUACAUCCCUCGUCUCUGGACCGCAACAUAUCGCCUCCUUCUCAAUAUUCCGAAUCGUAUGGUUUUGACGAUAGACUUCCUGUUCAACGAGUCGACCAUACAUACGAAUGGCAAAGUCAUCUCCAUCCGUGGCCAUUUCCAACUCUGGACACUGCCAUCAUGCCAUUCACGACCACGAUCACAUCCCCUCCUGAACCUUGCUCCUGGAACAAUCCUGAAAACUUCGCUCCUUUUACUAGCGCUGGCACAGCCGAAGGAACCGAUAUGGAUGGCGACAGCUAUAUGUGGCAGCAGGGUGGAUUCGGCGGUCCUCAAUCUCAUCAGAGCGCACCUGCGAUUUCCCAAUCACUUCUGUGGAUUUCGCACAUGCAACAACAGGGAACCACCACCACAGCUCAAUACAGAAUCAUGGACAGUGGCUGCUUCACGGAUCUGACGUCUGACAUUUCGAGUCUGAAUGAUGGUACAUGUAACAACAGCAUGUCAUCAUCCUCGGUACCAUACGGAAUCGAAUUCGAAUGUUGCGAUACUGUUGUACCAACGAGCCAUUCCGAACCCGGCAGCUGCAUGACAUCAAAUUUUGAAACCUUGACCUACGCAGUACUGGCUGGUACCGAGCAAAAUGUGCUCAACGAGACGGCAACAACAGCUUCGAUGCUUCCCUCCGAGCCGGGACCAAGCACCACCACCACCACCGACCCCUUUCCUCGAAUGAGUGAGCAACAGGCUGGAAUUGUCGUCGAGGUUGAAACACCCGAAAACAAAAGUCGCCUUAGACCGAGACACCCGGCGUCUUGCUUCAUUUGCAACACGCAGUUCGAUCGACCCAGCGAUCUCAGACAACACAUGUACGAGCACGACGGACAGCACGAAUGCACAGUCUGUGGCAAGAGAUACCAUGAAAAAUACCAGCUCAGCAACCACGAAAAGAGUCACGCAGGACCUCACUCUUGCACGCAAUGCGACAAGAUCUUUGAAAAAAGGUCGUCCCUGAGGUCUCACUUGACCACGCACGACGGUCAUCCUAAGUUGUUAGCGUGCCCGGUCAGCGGCUGUGGGAAACAAUACAGAAGAGGAGGGUGCUUGAACCGUCACGUCAAAAGUAAUCAUCAGCAUGGAGAGGAUUAUCGGUGCAGUCACUGUGCAAAGUCAUUUCGACGGUCGGAUCUUCGAGACCGUCAUGAAAAGGUCUAUUGUCCUAGACUAAGAACGAAAAUGUCAAAGCGAUCAUACGGACACUUCAACCUCCACAACAACCACGGACAAACCAAUCAUGAUUUCUUUGAGGGCUUGACAAGAGAUUGAUCUCAAGACGGAACAUUUCCAAGACCCAUCAUAACUGCUGCUUUUCUGAUUCUAUUCUCCACGACUUUUCCUCCAUCUUUCCUAUCGCUGUCGGGGUUUUGUCCGAGCAAAUUAACGACCAAGACUCUUAUAUUUUUAUACCGAGGAUCGUCGUCGUUUGGAGCUGUGUUAGAAUUAGAACGAAGUACAAUGUCAUCCGUUUCGGUCCC